UGACAGCCAGCCCUAACACCAGGCAUUGAGACAGACGUCACAGCGUAACUCUAACAUAGCCAGAUCAGACGGCAACUAUUUGUUAAGAGCUGUGGAUCACAGAAGCCAGAAUGGAGAAAGCCAAACAAGAUGCCUACGACAAAGCCAGGCUUCAAGUGAUUAAAGAUGGCUACGAUAGGGCCUUUGAAUGCAUCAACAGAGGACUGACACAGGAUGAGGCUGGACGGAAAGCAGAAGCCCUGGAACUGUACAGGCAGGGGCGGCAACACCUUCUCAGGGCUAUAAGUGUGCCGUGCCUUGGGGAGGAGUGUGUUGGAAGCUCCUGGGAAUCAGCACGUCAGAUGCAACAGAAAAUGGAGGAGACCCUGAAUAACAUCACUACGCGCCUUGCUGUAAUAGAAACCAGCUCAGACUUUGCAGCUGCAACAGCCCCUCAUGCGAUUACUGAGGCAUGUGCUGCAGAGUCAACCUCUGGCAACCUUUACCCCAACCUGUCCACCAAAGAAAAACCAAAUAGGCCAGCACCACCAAAGUUGCUCACAAACAAUCAACCACCUGGGGGCGUUGGAGCUGUCAGCAGUGGGUUACAGCCUCUGUCUCCCACCUGCCAAGCUGCAGCACCGGGGGAGCGUCCCCCAGCAUACUCUGCCCAGGCGGCUGAUGGCCACCUCACCAUUUCCUACGGGACAGAUUCAGGAGAACUGUCACUGGUGGGGGAUGAGUUCUACAGUCAUACGUCCAACUCCCCAACUUCUCCGCAGAGCCUUGGAGAGGAGGGAGAGGAGCUGCUUUUUCUUCCCCAUGGAGUUCAAAUAUUCUUUGUCACACCUGAGGGUCAGGUCAGCGCUCCCUCAUACCCAGGCUUCCUACGAUUGGUCAGGUUCACCUCUGAACGGCCAGAGACGAUGCCCAACCGACCUCCAGCCUUCCUACAGGUGUGUGACUGGUUGUACCCACUGAUGGCCACAGACUCCCCAGUCCUGCUGUGUAACACAGGAGUGUUCAUGUUCCCUGACAUGAUGGCUCCUGCCCAUGGUUCCUACGUGGGAGUGGUGCUGUCCUCUGAGCUGCCUGUGUCUGACAGAGAGCUGUUCCAGGACCUCCUCUCCCAGAUGACUGACCUCAGGGUUCAGGACCCAGAUGAGGCAGCAGACAGCGUUAACUUGAGUCAGAAGGUGCCCAUUGUCCCACCUGAGGAAGCCCCUGCCACAGAGGAUGAGAAGCCCCUGCCAGAGUGGAGCGAGAAGGUGGCUCAUGGCAUCCUCACAGGGGCUUCCUGGCUGAGCUGGGGCCUGGUGAAGGGGGCAGAGUUCACAGGCAAAGCCAUUCACAAAGGGGCAUCCAAACUCCGGGAACAUAUCACUCCAGAGGACAGGCCUGCGCAUGUCAGCCCCAAUGUCACCAAAGGCCUUCAUGUUGCUAAGCAAGCCACUGGUGGUGCCGUCAAAGUCAGCCAGUUUCUGGUGGAUGGCGUAUGUACGGUGGCUGGCCAUGUUGGUCGAGAGCUGGCCCCACAUGUUAAGAGACAUGGAAACAAACUGAUCCCUGAAUCCCUGAAGAAGGACAAAGAGGGGCGCUCCAACAUUGAUGGAGCCAUGGUGGUGGCUGCCAGUGGAGUUCAAGGAUUUGCCACCAUGUGGACUGGCUUGGAAGUAGCAGCAAAGAACAUCACCACAAGUGUAGCUUCAGAGACGGUCACCACUGUGAAGCAUAAAUUUAGGGGUCUCCAAAACAUCUUAGACCUGCCUAAUGAGAAUGAGAAGAAGACAUGUAUUUUUUCUUAAAGCCAAACUAAAAUGUUAAUCUCUUCAGUGACGCAUAAUCACUAGCAUGGCCAAAGUUUAGCAUACACGUUGCUAUGUUAAUACAUGCAAUUUCUGGCUUUGCACCCAUAAUUCACGGUGUAGACUUACCUUUGCUUGUAAUAAAUGAAAAUUCCUCUUGACUUAAAGACUUUAUAAAUCCAUGUGCAUUAUAUGACAUGUGGGCGUUCUUUAAAUCAUUCCAUGACACAAUACUCAAUAUGUUGAUUGUCUUAAUCAGACAGCUUGUGAGUGGCCUUUGCAUGCUUUCCUCCUGUGUAUCCUUGCUGUUCACUCACCCAAAGCCACGCUGGUUCUCUCAGCCUUCCCUUUAGUCUCCUUUUCUCACAGAAUCUUGCUGAAUUUUAACUAGGUAUGGGGCAGCAGCCGGACAGGCCACUGACCACGCCGUCAACUCAGCUAUCAAUGUGGGCGUCACUGCAUUCAACAUCGACAACCUGGGGAUCAAAGCGAUGGUGAAAAAGACUGGCAAGCAGACAGCCAAAGCCAUCCUGGAAGACUACCAACUUCGGGACAGAUCAAAUAAUGAGAAGCAAGUGGAGAAACGA